AAGGAGGGGAGCAGGAGGGGCAGCGGAGUGGACGUUCUUCUGCUCUUCUCACUGGUCCCAGCCUCGAGUGAACCGACCUUCCCUUGAAUCGUGAAUUCGUCGGUCCGGUCGGCGGACUAUUAACGCUCUGAAAAUGGCGCUUUUGUCUUUGCGUUUGGCCUCGUCCUUAGUCAAGCACCUGCCGAACACCACGGCCCAGGUUAGCUGGCCCGCAAGUGUCGUAGUUUCUCGCAAGUAUCAUGUCUCCUGCAGCCGUCGCUCCGCAGAAAUUUCCGCCAUUCUGGAAGAACGCAUCCUUGGGUCAGCGCCAAAGGCUAAUCUUGAAGAAACUGGCAGAGUACUCAGCAUCGGAGAUGGUAUCGCGCGUGUGUACGGGCUUAAAAACAUUCAGGCCGACGAGAUGGUGGAAUUCAGCUCGGGUCUGAAGGGUAUGGCAUUGAACUUGGAACCUGACAAUGUUGGUGUUGUCGUAUUUGGUAAUGACAGGCACAUCAAGGAAGGUGACAUUGUCAAGCGUACCGGUGCUAUUGUCGACGUUCCUGUUGGUGAAGGGUUGUUGGGUCGUGUCGUUGAUGCCUUGGGUAAUCCUAUCGACGGCAAGGGUCCUCUGAACAAUAAAUUGAGAUUCCGUAUUGGAACCAAAGCUCCAGGCAUCAUCCCCAGAGUAUCUGUUCGAGAGCCUAUGCAAACUGGAAUUAAAGCUGUAGAUUCCCUGGUGCCUAUUGGCCGUGGUCAGCGUGAGUUAAUCAUCGGAGACAGGCAGACUGGAAAAACUGCUCUUGCUAUUGAUACCAUCAUCAACCAGAAACGUUUCAAUGAUGCCGGAGAAGAGAAGAAGAAGUUGUACUGCAUUUACGUCGCUAUCGGCCAGAAGAGAUCUACUGUCGCGCAAAUCGUGAAACGUUUGACGGACAGUGGUGCUAUUAAUUACACCAUCAUUGUAUCCGCCACUGCCUCCGACGCAGCUCCACUUCAGUACUUGGCUCCAUACUCCGGAUGUGCCAUGGGAGAAUUCUUCAGGGACAACGGAAAGCACGCUUUAAUCAUUUACGACGAUUUAUCGAAACAAGCCGUCGCCUAUCGGCAGAUGUCUUUGCUACUUAGAAGACCACCAGGUCGUGAGGCCUACCCUGGUGACGUAUUUUACCUCCACUCUCGUCUGCUCGAGAGAGCGGCCAAGAUGAAUGAAAAUUUGGGAGGUGGGUCUCUGACGGCUUUGCCGGUCAUCGAAACGCAAGCCGGUGAUGUGUCCGCUUACAUCCCCACCAAUGUCAUUUCCAUCACCGAUGGACAAAUCUUCUUAGAGACCGAAUUGUUCUACAAGGGUAUCCGACCCGCCAUUAACGUAGGUUUAUCUGUAUCCCGUGUCGGAUCUGCUGCUCAAACCAAAGCCAUGAAACAGGUUGCUGGCUCCAUGAAACUGGAAUUGGCUCAAUAUCGUGAAGUAGCGGCCUUCGCUCAGUUCGGCUCGGACUUGGAUGCCGCGACGCAACAACUGUUGAAUCGUGGUGUGAGAUUGACGGAACUUCUCAAACAAGGACAAUACGUGCCCAUGGCUAUCGAGGAGCAAGUAGCUGUCAUAUACUGCGGUGUACGUGGUUAUCUUGAUAAAAUGGACCCCGCGAAGAUCACAGGCUUUGAGAAAGAAUUCCUCGCGCACAUCAGGUCUAGCCAACAAGAACUCCUUGCCACUAUUGCGAAAGAGAACGUGAUCAGUGAAGCAUCAGACGCAAAAAUGAAGAAAAUAGUUACCGAUUUUCUCUCGUCAUAUUCGGGAUAAAGUGCGAUCAUUUAUAAUAUCAUUGAAUGUGAGUCAAGAUAGAUUAAUUGAACAGAACAUACGAUGUUCUUGAAGAUUCGACUGCUGCUGACAGGCGUUAGUGUACCGGUAUUGCACAUUGUUGUAUAUCGUCAAGAAUUAUAAUGUAAUUAUGUAUAAUAUCUGUACAUUAUAAGUGUUUUCGCAGCAAUUCCAUGUACGAUCUAUAAACUCGAUAGCUACAUUACACCAUGUUGAUACAGAAAGAUCGACCUUUAAUAAAACUAAAAAAUACUAACGUUUCGAA